AUGUCUGCAAAGCUAUUUGUUGUGUUCUACCGACCACGUUAUGGAAACUACCUGCACUGGGCGCUGCAUAUAGAGCAUAGGCAAGAGCAUCAGAUUCUCGAAGUCGACGGCGAACAUCCACACUUUGAACACAAUACGUUCAUGGAGGAUCCGAAGACAUCAAAGACCUUCCUCCGACAAUUCUUCGUCGCUGUCCUCAGAGAGAGCGAUGUCGGGCGAGUAAGGAGUGCUGCACAGAGUGUCCCUGUGGACAACGAGACUGUUGAAUGGGAUUGUCAUGAUUAUGUGCUGGAGGUUCUAGAAAAACUACAGGAGGAUUCGAUUUUGGAUCAAGAUGACGCAGACUAUGUGGAGGUGAGGGAGAUACUGAUGGAAGAGAGGGGCGGUAUUCUAUAA